AUGCAGGAUGAAACCAACUCUUCUUCUGGCGAGGACUCUGGCCCCGAGACCACCACCAGCCCUGUUGACUCUGACGUGACCAAUGCCACCCAGAGCGUGAACAACCCGUUUGGCUCUGGUUUGACCAAUGGCCCCCAGGCCGUUACCAACCCAUUCGGUGUUGGCGCGACCUCUCAGGCCGCGAACAACCCUUUCGGCCCUGGCGUGCGUACUGUCCCUCAGGCUGCCACCAACCCGUUCGGUGCUGGUGCCCAGACCUUCAACAAUCCCUUCGGUUCUGGUGCGGGUAACAUCCCCCAGGCCGCCAACAACCCGUUCCGCUCUGUGGGGACCAAUGGCACCCAGACCACCGCCAACCCUUUCGGUCCUGGCUGGGCCCGUCCCUCCCAGCUCAACAACCCUUUUGCUUCUGGGGUGGGCAAUGCGCCCCAGAGCAUCAACAACCCUUUCCGCCCCGUCCCCGCCGAAGACGGCCCCCGGACUCCCAACGGGGGAUUGACCAAUGGUCACUCCCACGGAGAUGAGUGGCGCGCUCCCCGCCCAACGGAUUUCAAUCCGUUGUACAGCCCUCCCGAUGACGAGACCGACGAGGAGAGCGAGGAGGAGAGCGAAGAGGAGACCGACGAGGAGGACCUUGAUGAAGAGACCGACGAGGAGGAGGACCACUACGAUUUCUCCGACGAGGAGGAAGGGGACUCUGCCCCAUAUGUUGACAACUCGGCCCUGGAGGCCAUCUUCGACGCCAUUCUGGCGGAGGGCAAUGAGGAGGAGGAUGCCGCUGACGACUCCAGCGACGGCGACGAGGACGCCUACCUGGACGAGGCGUAG